GCAGCGGUGUUGAACAGGUGUUGAACAGGUGUUGGACAGGUGAAGCUCAUCAGGCUGAUUCUUCAGGAAGCAGCUGUGCAGCCGCGAGCUCCCGUCACUGCGCGCGACUUCCACAGUAGCUGCAGUUCAGCCUGGUCGCGAGAGCAAACGGAGCUCAGGUAGAUAAUGGUGUGUGUGUUGGCUCCUCUCCUCUUGGCCGUUCUCCUGAACGAGGCGUCCGGCUCGCACUUCUCUGCAGCAGGGGCGGGACCGGCCUCUCCGUGCCCGGCUCAGUGGCUCCUGUUUGGGAAGAGAUGCUUCGCUUUCUACCCUGUGUGGAGCUCCUGGAGCGCUGCCGAUUCUAUGUGCUCUCAGACAGGUAGUAGACUUGUGUCUCUCCACACACCAGAGGAGAUGCAGUUUGUUCAUCAGCUGGCGAACACAAGAAUUCCUGUGUGGUUGGGUGGAUACCAGUCACAACAGAAUGGCUCUUGGUUGUGGAGCGACAGGUCUCCCUUCAGGAUCAGCAGCUUGAUCAAUCAGAGGAGGGGGAGGAUCACAGAGGGCAGAGUGUGCACGAGCAUGGAGCCAAAAAGUGCAGAGCUGCAUAGCGCCCCCUGUAGACAGCUCAGAUUCUACAUCUGCUCCGUGGAAGCCAGCUACAGUCACACUGUCGCUCCUGGCAACAGGGAAGAGGCGGAGCCAGACAUGGUCGCCGGGGUGAGCUUGUAUGACGUCAUGUGGCGUUACAGUCACGGGUUGGCGGAGGACGUCCUCUCCUCGUCCCGCCUCCUCAGGAAGCUUCGGUCCGGAAACCUGACGCAGCGCUGCUACACCAGCUUCACCCAGCAGGAGGCGCUGUACCUGCGCAGAGUCAGCAGCACUGUGGAGGUCCUGAUUAGUCGUCCGCAGGAAGCAGACGACAUGAGGUCACUGCUGCUGGACACAUUUAAACACUACAGCAGCAGACACCAGAGGCUUCCUCCUCCAUUCGCCCCACUGUGGCUCUACCUGUCGCUUCAGUCUUUCCACUCUGUGGUUUUGGAGGAGCCGGUCUAUUGGCUGGUGGCUCUGUCGGCUCGGGCCCGCCUCCGUAGCUUCUUGGCCACGGAGCUGCUCCUCGACGAGCGCGGGCCCCGGCCCCGGCAGGUGUCCGGGUCUGUGGGCGACUACAUCUACCGGGACUGGUGGAAAGACAGUCUGAGGGAGGUCGCCUGGACCCACAGGUUCAGAAAGGUGAUAGAGAAACACCAGAAUAAGAUGAAUGUGUUUAAAGCCAUCAACAUCUUCAGAGAGCACAUGAUGAACCAGAAGAGUUUCUACAGGGCUGUAGACUGUGAUGCUGAGGCUGACGAGUGAUGAAGAGGAGGAGAGCACGACGGGGCCGCCGGUGAAGAUGAGUCAUACUGGUUACAAGUCAUUUAGCUUGAUUUAUUUUUACAGUUGAGCUGCUGAGAGUACGAGACGAAAUCCUCCAGUCUCUAUUUCCAGCAUCGGUCCGAAGUGAAGAACAGAACUCACCUGUGCACCACGAUCAAGGAAAAAGACUUUAAACCUGUUCUACAAGUUUGUGUGUAGUUAAAGUGCCUCAUGUCGAGAGCGGUGAAUUCAUCACACGAAGAACAGGAAUGUUAAAUACUGAAAGGAAUUCCUUCUGAGGGGAGGGGGCGUCUUCUUUCUGUCACAUUCAAGUAGAAAACACUUGAACAAUAAAAGAAAAAAAGGCCUA